UACGACGAAGGUCAAUUCCGUAAUAAUGAAGCCCUUUAUGGGUUAUUUAGUAAUUCUGCAUCAUUUCUUAAGGACAUAUGUACUGCAACCCUACAUAACACGUGUGCGCCUCAAACAUCAAUGCGAAGCCAUGUUCUGCUUUUCUUCUCGCUUAGACCCUCUGUAUGCCUUUUCAAUUUUAGACAAAUUCUUUCAGUCUCCCCUUUCUCGAGUUUUUGGUCAUUAACUUGUUGAGUGAUCCUGCAAUCUUUCUUUAUUGUUUGCACUACCUAUUGGUAAAAUUAGGAUUUGGUGUUUACUCUUUCAAUGUUUAUCCAUCUUUGCUCUAUUUGAAUAAAAUAUGGUGUGAACUCUCUGAUUUGAUGAGCUAUUUGUGCACGUUUUCUUUGUUUAUUGCGCUUGUGCGGCGUUUUGGGUUGCCAUGCAUGUUCUUUGCGAAAAGCUCGUGAGAAAGCUGAGCGGAAGGAAAAAAUGUAGGCAAAAGGGAAUGGUUGGUAAAAGGAAGACUAAUUAAAACAUUGAAACUCUGAUAUGAUAAGUUAAACAUGGCAGAACGGUAUCGACGCGUGGCAAUCGCGUAAUGGAUCUCCCGGACCAACGGCCACGAUCAAACGGACCAACGGCCACGAUCAACUCGGCUAUGGAGAAACCGGACCAAAUGAUGAUCUUCCUUCUCUUCCUUCGAUCUCUGGUCUUACCGGUUUUAACAUAUAUCCGAUUUUUACCGUAUACAGAUAGUCCCCACACUUUCCGGACCGUAGUUCUGUCGGAGUAACGAGAAGUGGAUGAAUCAAGAAACCGGCGUCUCAAUUUAUCUGUUGUUAUCUUUUCAUUUUGGCGGGAACAGUUGCGUCACGUCCCUUUGUCAUCGGCCACGUGUCUCAUCCCGGAUGGUCAACUCUGACAACCGCCGUAACGCACGUCGUUUCAAGUCGUUUCUCAUUAAUUAUGGGACACGUGGCUUCCCCCGGUUGGCUGGUGUUUGUAACCGCCUUGAUCCCACGCCUAUAUAUCGUCCUUUACCUCUCCACUUCGACAUUUUUACCUCUUCAUCUUUUCACUUUUCUGUUUCAAGUUCUCCGCCUCUUAUCCAUUUCAUUUCUUCACUUAUAAUCAUAUGAAUGCUCACAUUUCUUGUUGAUUCGCUACUUACACUACGUGAAAAUAAACGAUUUUGCCAACUUCUCCACUAGUCGUUCUUGUGCGUUGCUGCUUCCUCCUCCCGUUCUUUACCUUUUUUGAAUUCUUUAACUGGUCCCUUCACUUUCUAACUUCCUUUUCGAAUUCACCCAAUCUCUCUUUUCCAUAUUUUCAAAUGUCUGCCAACACCGAAACCACUUCCCAUGAUGUCCCCUCGGUUUCUUCUCAAGGAACCGAGCCAACUUCUCCAGCUAAGGCAAAAAUCACCUUCGAGCCCACUGCCUCGGAUAUUGUUCCGUCCAAACCCAAUUUCAACAAAGAUUUCGAGGUUGAAAAACCUUCUCCGGUAUCCGAUAGAGGGUUCGAUGUGAGACGAUAUCCCUCAUCCAUUACCGAGGAUAAACUCGACUUAGUCCGGGCUGAUUGUGGGUGGGACAACCGUUCAGUCCAAGUUUUUGCCCCCGGGCCGGACGAAUCAGUCAUCGACCAUUGGGAAGGCCUCUUAUAUGUUUAUACUUACCCUUUCACCCUUAAGCUCGACCCCCGGUCGAUCCGGUCAUCUUAGACAUGUGCCGGACUUACAACGUAACCUUGGCACAGAUUGGCCCAAUUGUUUGGAGGGCCGUGGCCUGCCUCCGGCUGUUGGCCAAUAAUGCAGGAAAGGAAUUCACACUGGCCCACUUAAUACGGUUAUACCCCUCGAGGUUGUUCCGGGGUGGUGUAAUAAAACUCGCAAAGCGUAGCCGGAAUCCAAUUUUCUCAAAAAUGGACGAAGAUAGAGACCGGGGCUGGUUGGAGCGAUAUGUCCGGGUGCGGACCUCGGACAUUAUUCCGGGCAACUACAUGCCUUUUCCGGAAAGGUGGAAUAACAAUCCCAUGGGUUGGAUUCCUCCGGUCGUCCGGGAUCUCAACGAAUGGGUUACAGCUCUCCUUAGCCAACAUGUCCACGACGAUCGGUCGUGGGGACACCUGUCACGUGGCCGAUGGGUCGCCCAGAACCACGGUUUACCUAAGGGCUCGGUGGAUCCAAGGCCGGAGUCAGCAGCUGAACCCGCAACGUCGGCACCCGAGUUUGAUUCAGCGGGUGCAUCUCGUAUCCUUGCUGCCGCCGCCAAGAGAAAAAGGCCCUCGGACAAAGGGCAAAAGCCAAAGAAGAGGGCGAGGAGCGUCACUAGGACUUUAAGGGAUGAAACAAAGCCCGAGCUCCUCGUCCGGAGGAUCAGUGCGGCCCCUUCCGUGGCUCCCAUUCCGGAGGAGGGUAUCACCGUGUCACCACUUCCUUCAGCCGGGGAAGAACCUUCGGCUCCGGCAUUACGCACAGGUGGGGAAGAAAUUCAUUACCCGGCUCCUUUAAGGUCGAUUGAAUUCGUUGAUAUUUCAGGUGAUUCUUCUUCCGAAGAAACCUCUCUGCAAAGGAUAAGAAGAUCCGGGGAGGCACCUGCUGCCCCGUGGCACCUGCUGCCGGGGCCGGUCAAAGGACUGAGCCGGUCCCCGAGACCGAAGUCCCUACGGAUGUUGGUCCGACGCCCCACUAUGAGAUUGCCGCAACUUCGGAGAUCCCUGCCUUUGCCGAAGCUGCUGAAGUCCCUCCGAGUUCUCCAAUUUCGGCCUCAAGAUCGGAUGAGUUUGAUGAAAUGUUCGCGGACACCCCUCCUGCUACCGGCGAAGCUGCUGGUUUCGGACAUUUCCCGAUCCCUCGAGCCACGAGGGCGGCUAGUCGGACCACCGAGUCCGGUGCCAGAGAUAGCUUGGUGUGCACCUUUCCGGCCCCAAGUGUGGAACCGAGGAGGACGAGAUCGGCUGUGAUCACCGUUCUCGAGGAUUGCAGCUUUCUUUCUCGCCCGGUGGGUGUGGCAAGCUACCUGAGGCCCCUUGUCUCAGAUUCGGACAAACGAAAGAUGAACGGAGUCCCUUGGCAGUGCCUCAUUAAUGAGGGUAUGCACGCGGGCAAUCGAGUAAGUUUAUCAGCCAUCCUUGCAUGAUUUCAUUGAGAAUUUUUAUCUCGUUUAUUCAAAGUGUUUAAAUUGCUUCAUUUUGCAGAGUGUGGUGCUCGUUAGCGAAGCCUUCGUCCGUGCCCAGCAAGAGGUGGACGAUCUCAAGGGCCAAUUGGAUGCUCAAGGCUGAGAGACGGAGAAAUAUCUGCACCUUCUGCGGGUGAAGGAGGAUGAGUUGAACCGAGCAGUUACUCUUUCCAACCUCCAACCCGAGCUCGAUGCAACAAAGGCCGAAAAUCGUCAAUUAAAGGGUGAGCUGGCCGAGAUGGUCGAAUAUAACCGGCGUCUCAAAGCGGACAAGAUCGGCCUUAGCCGAGACAACACCCGUCUUUUCUCAAGGCUUGGUGAGCUCGAGACCACCAUCUCUUAACUCCGAGAGGAGUUGGACUCUGCCAAGUCCGAUGCUACGAGCAUGGCCAAGAGGCAUCAGCUGCUCGAAUCUAAGAGUGCCCGGUACAAAGAGCGUAUGAGGGUGUUUGAGGAGAAAGCGGAGAAGAGGGCCCAGAUAGGUGCUGAUUUGAAAACCGAGCUCGAAGAGACGGUUGAUGCUAAUGACACUCUUAAGGCCGAGCUCGAGUCUGCCACCCAAAUGCAAAAUGUCCUCGAAGAGGCUCGGGAUGUUCUGGUGGCAAAGCUGGCCCAGGCCGAGGCCGAUUUGGAAGAAGCUCUAAAGAGCGUGGAGGCCGCCGAGGCUCAUGCCACUAUUGCUGCUGAGUAUGAAAAGUAGAAGUCUCGGAGGAUCACCCUUGAGCAAGCCGAGCAUGGCUUUGCGGAUCUUCCGGCCCUAAUACUCGAGGCUAAAAGAGUCGAGGAAGAGGCUAAGGCUGCCCUCGGGGCUGACUCCGACGACUCCGAGCGGACAGUGUCCGAACACUCCGGAUCCAGCCAUACCGGAUAGAUUAGGGCCUGUACUUAGCAUUUUAUUUUUCGCCUUUGUAGGAGUCUCCGAUGUAAAAUCCUUUGUAUAAAUAGAACAUGUAUUUUCCUUGAUUCUUUACUUUGUUUGAAUGUUUGUUAUGACUUCCGCCUGAAUCGUCGGUCCGUUUUAAGGAGUUAUUAUUUCUGGCUGUGCCUGAAUAUCGGCUUUUCUUUUCAUCCGGUACAUUUUGUCCGGGAAUUUUAUGGAGUUUUUGCCCGUGGGACUUAUCUUAUGCUUUUGUGAAUUCGGACGUCUUCGAAUCACGAUGGGCAUUUUUAGGGUCGGUAUUUUUCGGCUUUUUUUUUUAGGGCCGGUAUUUUUUGGACACCUGAAUCUCAGCCUUAGCUAAAUUUUGAUGUAACAGUCCCCGUUUGAGGGUUUAACAAUUUUGGCUUGGUUCACUAUAACCUUGUUGCCUUUGUCGAAUUUCGACCGUAGUGCCCGGAAUAGGGUAUAUGAAUGAAGUAAUGCCGAAAUACGGCGAUAAUCAUCGGGGUAGUGUUUUAACAAGAAGACAUCCGAGAUAUCGUUAUCCGAACUUGCAUUGAUUUUUGUAUUGCAAGUAUUUGUACAUACAUUAUGGGAGUUCUGUUUCCUUCUGCUUUUGCCAUUGCAAAUACUAAAUGGACACGAUUCAUUCUGAUCGUUUGACUCUUACAUCGAAACCUACUAUAGAAGGUCCGGUCUUGGUUUUGCCGUAGCAAAUAUUGAGUGGACACGAUUCAUUCUGAUCGUUUGGUCCUUACAUCGAAACCUAUUGCAGAAGGUCCGGUCUUGGUUUUGCCAUAACAAAUAUUGAGUUUCUCCGUCUUCCGUUGACCGAGGUAAACUUCGAUAUGGGCGUAAUAGUCCCCUAGCGCUUAUACGAGCUGCAAGAUCGGGUAAGCGCUAUUAAGUCCCCAUUCGUAGGGUGUGACCCCGAGUUUCUGGGCGUUUGUCCUUGUCUUCGUCGAGUAACACGUUGUACUUGUUGCCUCAUUAAAAACCUUGUCGGAAAACCCAUUUUGGGACAAAACCGUACUAAGGAAAAGAGUGCAACACGUGUUUUCAGACCUAGAUUCUAACUUUAUCCGGUACUUGACCUCCUGCAAAAGAGAGGUUAAAAGAAAAACACGGGGAGUCCACACUUUAGCAGUAGUAUCUUUUCAGAUGAGCCACAUUCCAGUUAUUGCGCAACCGUUGCCCGUCCAUGGAUUCCAACUGGUACGAUCCUUUUCCCGUUAUCUCGGUUAUCUUGUACGGUCCUUCCCAGUUCGGACCCAGUUUUCCUUCGUUGGGAUUCUUGAUGUUCAAGGUAACUUUCCGAAGCACCAAGUCCCCAACUUGGAAAUGCCGAAAAUUGGCUCUCCGAUUAUAGUACCUUUCCAUUCUCUGUUUCUGGGCUGCAAUACGGACCAACGCGUUUUCGCGGAGUUCAUCCGUGAGGUUCAGUUUUACGGCCAUGGCCUCCUCGUUUGACUCCUCGGUAGUAUAGCUGAACCGGAGAGUCGGUUCACCAACUUCUACGGGAAUAAAGGCUUCGGCCCCGUAGACCAACGAGAAAGGAGUUUCCCCCGUGCUAGAUUUCGAUGUGGUUCUGUAAGCCCACAAUACCUCCAGUAAUAUUUCCCUCCAGUGAUGCUUCGAGUCUUUUCCUCAGAUUUUGGAUUAUUGUUUUGUUCGUGGAUUCCGCCUGUCCGUUCGAACACGGGUGAUAUGGAGUUAACACAAUUUUCUUGAUUUUCAACCCUUCGAGGAAAUCGUUGACUUUGCUGCCCACGAACUGGGGCCGUUAUCACAAGUUAUCUCGGCAGGGAUGCCGAAAUGACAGAUGAUGUGGUCCUAUAUGAAGUCAAUGACCUCCUUUUCUCUAAUUUUUUCGAAGGCCUGUGCUUCAACCCAUUUGGAGAAAUAGUCAGUCAUAAACAAAAUAAAUCGGGCUUUACCUGGUGCCCAUGGUAAUGGACCAACAAUGUCCAUUCCCCACUUCAUGAAAGGCCACGGUGACACCACCGAAUGCAACAACUCCCCGGGCUGAUGAAUCAUCGGUGCAUGUCUCUGACACCCGUCACAUUUCCGGACAAAAUUCUUUGAAUCUUCCUCCAUCCGGUUCCAAUAAUAACCGGCCCUAAUAAUCUUUCGGACCAGAGCUUCAGCACCGGAGUGGUUGCCGCAGGUUCCUUCGUGCACCUCUCUCAUCACAUACUCCGUUUCUCCGGGACCCAAACACUUGGCCAGGGGUCCGAAGAAAGACCGUCGAUACAAUUGGCCGUCUACCAAGCAGAAACGCGCAACUUUCGUCCUUAAUGAUCGUGAUUCUUUUGGGUCGUUCGGGAGCUUUCCCUCACGCAAGUAAUCGAUGUACUUGUUGCGCCAAUCCCAAGUUAAACCCAUUGUGUUUAUUUUGGCAUGUAUGUUUUCUAUCGCCGUAUUCAUCAAGUGUACCGUAGUCCCGGGGUUGAUUUCUUCCCCUUCGAUCGAAGAUCCCAAAUUGGUCAAUGCAUCGGCUUCACUGUUCUGCUCCCUUGGUACAUGCUGUAUGGUCCACUCUUUAAAUCGGUGUAGUAUCACUUGGAUUUUUUCCAGAUACUUCUGCAUCCGUUCAUCCUUGACCUCGAAGACGCCGUUCACCUGAUUUACGACCAAGAGCGAAUCGCACUUCGCCUCGAUUAUUUCGGCCCCAUACUCCGGGCUAAUUCCAAACCUGCAAUCAUAGCCUCAUACUCGGCUUCAUUGUUAGUCAAUUUAACAGUUCUAAUGGAUUAUCGAACGGCAUCCCCGGCCGGGGUUCUAAGGACGAUUCCUAGCCCGGAACCUUUGAGGUUCGAGGCCCCGUCCGUAUGUAGCGACCAAAUACCCGAGGCUUUCCCCGAGGUUAGCAGAAGUUCUUUCUCAACCUCGGGGACCAUAGCAAGGGUGAAAUCCGCCACAAAAUCGGCCAAGAUCUGGGACUUGGGCCGUUCGAGGUUUGUAUUCGAUAUCAUAUAUGCUAAUUUCUACGGCCCACUUAGUUGGUCUACCCGAUAAUUCCGGUUUAUGCAUGAUGUUUUAUAGGGGGUAAGUAGUCACUACACAUAUCGGAUGGCAUUGAAAGUAGGGCUUGAGUUUUCUAGAAGCACUUACCAAUGCCAAUGCCAAUUUUUCUAAUGGGGAUAACGGGUCUCCGCAUCCCCCAAAGUUCUACUUACAUAAUAAAUAGGGAAUUGCGUACCUGAUUCUUCUCAGACCAAAACGCCACUUACCGCUACCUCGGAGACAGUAAGGUAGAGAAAAAGUUGCUCGUCCGCUUUUGGUGUGUGCAACAGCGGUGGGCUGGACAAGUAUCGCUUUAAUUCUUGUAAAGCUUUUUGACACUCCGGUGUCCAAACGAAAUCGUUCUUUUUCAGUAAGGAAAAGAAACGAUGACUCUUAUCCGAGGACCUCGAUAUGAAGCGACUCAACGCCGCUAUCCUUCCGGUGAGCCUCUGCACUCCUUUGACGUUAUUCACUUCCUCAAUGUCCUCGAUGGCCUUGAUCUUGUCUGGGUUGAUUUCAAUCCCCCGGUUUGACACCAUAAAACCCAAAAAUUUGCCAGACCGGACACCAAAGGCACAUUUUUCUGGGUUGGGCUUCAUGUUAUACUUGCGGAGUACAUCGAAGGUUUCCUGCAAAUGUUUUAAAUGGUCCUCUGUUUCCAGGGACUUGACCACCAUGUCGUCAAUAUAAACUUCUAUUGUUUUCCCUAUUUGUUCUUCGAACAUCCCAUUAACUAGGCGUUGGUAAGUUGCAUCGGCAUUUUUUAGUCCAAAAGGCAUGACAUUAUAACAGUAAGUCCCAUAUCGGGUAACAAAGGAUGUUUUCUCUUGAUCCUCCGGGUGUAUCCGAAUUUGGUUAUACCCGGAGUAGGCAUCGAGAAAACUUAACAUCUCAUGCCCGGCCGUCGCAUCGAUCAUUCUAUCGAUGUGAGGCAAACGGAAACGAAUCCUUCGGGCAUGCUUUGUUUAGAUCCUUGUAAUCAACACACAUUCGAAAUUUAUUACCUUUCUUCGGCACCACUACUACGUUAGCUAGCCAGUCCGGGUACUUUACCUCCCGGAUAGAGCCUAUGUUCAAAAGCUUUGUUACCUCGUCUUUUACGAAGGCGUGUUUUGCUUCUGCCAUGGUCCUUCUCUUCUGCUUUACCGGGAACCUCCCGUCCAAACUAAGCUUGUGAGUUGUUACUUCCGGUGGUAUACCUGUCAUAUCUAUGUGGGACCAUGCAAAGCAAUCUGCAUUAGCUUGAAGAAAUUCAAUUAACUUGUUCCUGAGCUUCGAGGUUAACCCCGUGCCCAGGUAUACCUUUCUGUCCGGUAAAUAUUCGAACAAGAUGAUCUGCUCUAGCUCCUCUACUGUUGACUUGGUUGCAUCCGAGUCAUCUGGCAUAACGAAUGAUCUGGGUAUACCAAAAUCAUCCUCUUCAUACCCCGGAUCUAACCCCGAUUGCUUUGAUUGCUAUUUGGUGCCCUAUUCCCCGGUUGAAUCUUCUUCCUCUUGAUUCGAUUUUUUGGGCUGAGGUGUCACUUCCCCGACCGCGAACAUCUCUCUUGCAGCGGGUUGUUCACCUCGGAUGGUUUUUAUCCCCUCCGGAGUCUGGAAUUUUAGCAGCUGAUGCAAUGUCGACGGCAUGGCCCUCAUGCUAUGUAUCCAGGGUCUACCCAGUUACUCAUUAUACUUCAUAUCUCCUUCGAUUACAUAGAACAUCGUUUGCUGGAUAGUGCCAUCGAUGUUUACCGGCAAUGAGAUCUCCCCCUUUGUGGUUUCGCUUACCAUGUUGAACUCGCUGAGUACCCGGGCUACCGGUACAAUCUGAUCGAGUAGCCUUAGCUGUUCGACCACUCUCCACCGAUGAUGUUGGCCGAGCUACCUGGGUCAAUCAAAAUACGUUUAAUUUGAGUUUUAAAGAUAAGAAUAGAGAUUACCCAUGCAUCAUUGUGCGGUUGAAUGAUGCCUUCUGCGUCCUCGUUGCUGAAAGAGAUGGAACCCUCGGGUAUGUAAUCCCGGCCGCGCUUUUCACGCACAGCAGAGACCUUGGUUCGUUUCAUCACCGGCCUUCGUGGGGUAUCGGUGCCCCCAAUUAUCAUGUUGAUUAUAUGCUGGGGUUCUACUGGCUCGGCCCUUUUAUGGGUCUCCCUUUCCUUGUAGUGACCUUUGGCUCUUUCACUUAGCAAUUCUCGGAGAUGGCCAUUCUUCAGUAACCGAGCUACCUCCUCUCUUAACUGGCGACAAUCCUCAGUUCUGUGUCCAUGGGUUCCAUGAUAUUCACACAUCAUGUUCGGGUCCCGUUGGCCCGGAUCCGACCUUAGAGGUCUCGGCCAUCUUACAUCCGGAAUACGGCCAAUGGCCGAUACGAGGUCUGAGGUGCUGACGUUGAAGUUGUACUCCGAUAUCCUCGACGAAUCUUUGUUGCCGGCGGAGCUUCCGGCAUCACUCCUGAAUGAGAGACCUCGACUGUUCGACGGGCGCUCGACCCGUUUAUCACCCCGACCGGAGAAAUGGCUCGGGCCAACCCUGGAUUUCUCCGACCUGAAGCUUGGUUUCUCCGAAUGGGAAUAUGGCCGAUACCUUUCCCUCAAUGACCUCGCCUCCGGUUCGUAAUUUUUCCUUGGUCUCUCAAAACUUUUGUUCAUGUUUACUGGCCCCGGGGGAAGCUCGAGUUGGUCGUCCUCCACCCGAAUCUUCGACUCGUAUUGGUUAUGGACAUCUGCCCAUGUCACUGCCUCGUAUUCCAGCAAGCUUUUCUUUAAUUUGAAUGAAGCCGUCGAGCUCCGAACAUUGAGCCCCUUUGUGAAAGCUUGUGCAGCCCAUUCCUCUGGAACCAGGGGGAGCUCCAUUCGUUCCCUUUGGAACCGGUUGACAAAUUCAUGCAGUAACUCAUCGUCUCUUUGGGCUAUACGGAAAAUAUCCGCCUUCUGAGCCUGCACCUUUUUGGCUCUGGCGUGUGCUUUUACGAACGCAUCGGCGAGCAUUUCGAAAGAAGUGAUUGAAUGCUCGGGCAGAUGGUCGUACCAAGUCAAUGCUCCUUUUGACAGAGUUUACCCGAACUUUUUCAGCAACACGGAUUCGAUUUCAUCUUCCUCCAUAUCAUUGCCUUUUAUAGCGCAGGCGUAUGAGGUCACGUGUUCGUGAGGGUCCGUUGUGCCGUCAUAUUUUUGGAUAUCCGGCAUUUUGAACCUCUUCGGGAUCAAUUUCGGAGCCGCACUCGGAGGAAAAGGCCUUUGGAUGUACCUCUUUGAAUUCGGCCCUUUCAAAAUAGGCGGAGCCCCCGAGAUUUGAUCCACCCGAGAGUUGUAUGUUUUCACCCUUUUUUCGGUCGAGUCUACCUGCUUCGCCAACGUUUCGAGCAUUCUCAAAACCUCGGUGGAUGAACCAGCUCCGGACCCAUUGCUUUCAACCAUCCGUGCCUCAUCUUUUCUGGGUUCAACAACACCCUUCACCUUCUCCGAGGUCGUUUUAUCUCUUCCGUUUUGCAACUGGGCUAUUGCGAUUCCCUGUUUGGCAAUCUCCGCUCUCUGUUCCUGCAACAUUUCAAAAAUUAAACGUAAGUCAAUAUUACCAUUCGGGGUAUCCGACCCUGUGUUCGGGACAAAGUAAUUGAAUUGUGAGUAUUUAAAGGGUCAGUGGCCGGCUGGGCGGCAUUUUCCUGGUCCACAGUGUUUUGUCGGUUGAGGCCCUCCCUCGAAUUAACGGGGUUAGGGUCAGCGGGGUUUGGUAAUCCUCGUGGCCCGCUGCCUUCAUUUUCGGCCACGAUCUCGUUGUUGUUGACGUGACCAGAUUGUCCACUGUUAGCCAUUUGGUCCGUUUUUUCAGAGACGAACAGAAGAUGUUUUUGAUUUUGAUGGGUCAGAUAGAGAUCAAGAUCAAAGACCACUAUUAUCCUAGCCCCACGGUGGGCGCCAAACUGUUUACCCCAAAUUUGGAUAAUCAAUUAAAUUUGUGAGUAGGUAUAGGAUAUGUGAUUAAGCCUCAAUCUAUUUGGUGGAAAAAGAUAUAUAUGGAUAUGAUAUGAAGAAGCAACUGAUAAUCAGUUGUUUGCUAUAGAUUUUGUAUCUAGUAAUAUAUGAAUAUUGUUUGAUCGAGCAGAUAUAAAGGAUGAACACGAUAAUCCGGACCAAAAUCAGAUGUUAGAGAGAGAUUUUAUAUAUUUUGCUAUUACAAAAGUUUUUGAUUUGAGAAGCCAACCCCUCAAAAGUAGGGCAAUGACCCCUAUUUAUAGUAUUGCCCCAUGGGCUUCAUACAACAUGAGACCCUCAAAAAUAAAGAAAAAACUUUGAAAUGGAUUAGGUUGGAUUAGGUGGGUCAUACGGUCUAACAUCUGUACGA